GCUCCAUCCAUCCGACCUCAUCACCAUCCUUCGUCUUGGUUUGCCUUGUGCGCCGAGAAGCCAAGAUGGCCACCGAUCCUUCUACGCCGAGGAUGCUCCACGUCGACGCCAUCCAGACGGCACCGCCGGGGAAGGUGACGGCACCGGGGCAGGCCCGGCGGAUCUCCACGGCGGCGCCGCUGGGCCCGGAGGUGCUGCAGAGCCGGUUCCAGGCGGUGUGGUACUACACCAAGGCCGGGGAGGAGUCGCCGCUGGCGAUCGCGGCGUGGAUCAAGGAGUCGCUCUGCGCGGCGCUGCCCGGCCACCCGGUGCUCUCCGGCCGGCUCCGCCGGGACGACGGCUGGGAGGUGAAGUUCAACGACUCCGGAGUCAGGCUGGUGCAGGCCACCGCCGAGACGACCAUGUCCGAGUUCUUGGCCUCCAAGGACAGGAAUGGCAUGGAGGCGCACUUGGCGUACUGGGACGACGUGGACGUGCAGUCUCCCAACUUCUCUGCACUGUUCUACAUCCAGGUGACUCAGUUCCAGGGAGAUGGAUACGCCAUUGGGAUAAGCUGCAGUCUGCUGCUGGCCGACCCCUUGUUCUUGACGCGCUUCCUGAACUCAUGGGCCCAAACCCACGCGCAGAUGCGGCUCAGCAAGUCGCCCAUGUUCCACCUCAGCUACUUCCAAAGACCGGAUCGCUCGCGCCAUCUGAAAUCGGCCGAACUGGAGUCGAGUCCGGUCCACUCUCCCUCCUCCACCACCACCAUGCUAUUCGAGGCCGAUCGGGAAGCCAUCACCCGACCCUACGGCCAACUCGCGGUGGCUUGCCUCCGGGAGGCGACGAGGAGGCUCAACGUGGAGGCGGCGCCGGAGUUCUGCCUCCUGAUCAGCGAUCACGGGGGCGAGUUGACGGUCGAGCCAUGUGCGAACCCGAGCGAGGGUUCGUCGGCCGAGGCCUUGGAUGUGGUUUGGUGGGACCAACUCGGCGUCGAGGAAUGGACUCUCGUGCAGGGGAAUAAACCAGUACACGUGUCGUGCCGGAUCGCGUCGUCUGGAGACGGGCGACUUGUGGUGGUGAUGAUACCGCCUGAUGUGGAGGGUGAUCCAAAAGUGGUGGUCAGUGUCACGCUGCCCGACAAUUGAAGGGUUCAAAGAUGAAAUGAACGCUUUGGUUAUAUGUUGUGGAAUAAUUAUGAGGAGUGAUGAGUUACUUUGAGUGCUAUUAAGUAUAAUGUGAGCUCUUUAAUAUGUUAAUAUGCAAAUUAUAAUUGGUUUAAGAUGGGAAA